GAUGCUCUUUCGAAACCAGCACGGCAUCACUCUGGUACGUUUCCGGCCAUUUUGAUCAAUUUUCCGGCCAUUUUGAUCAAUUUUCCGGCCAGUUGUUCAGUCCAGAUUGCCUUCCAUUUUGUAACGAUCUACGUUUGAUUCCGUCAAUACUCAAGGCAUUCUUGAUCUCUGAUCGGCAGUUUCCAACAAUUUCAUCCUCUCUUUUUCUGACGCCAAGGCCAUGGAGCUCGAGCUCACUGUCGUCUCAGCUAAAGACCUCAAGAAUGUGAACUGGCGCUACGGCGACAUCAAACCGUAUGCCGUGGCCUGGGUCGAUCCAGGCAACAAAUCCUCCACUCGAGUCGACAACGAGGGUGACACCUCCCCUGUCUGGAAUUACAAGCUCACCAUCCCCUUAAGAGACCGCCCUGAGGAUUCCACAUUGCGGAUCGAUGUGGUCCAUGCCGGUGGGGAGGAGAAGACCAAGUCGUUCAUCGGAUCAGCGACUCUGCCACUAAGAGAAGUCAUAGAGGAUGCGGGUUACGAUCACAGCUUCUCCAAAAAAUUGAAGCUCAAGAGGCCGUCGGGCCGCCCUCAAGGCAAGAUUGAGGUCGUAAUCGUAAUUCGUGACCGUUAUGCCCGGAAACCAGCCCCAGAGCCUUACGGCUAUGGCCGGCAGCCGGCACCUCAAUCAUACAGCGGGUAUGGUUAUGGUGCGCCUCCAGCCCCGCCAGUUUAUGCCCCUCCUGCAGAACGGUCUUAUGGUAGCUAUGGAGGGGCGGCCCCAUCCGGUGGGGGGUAUUAUGGUAAUUACGGAGGGGCGGCGCCACCGGCUGCGGGGUACUAUGGUAAUUAUCCGGGGGCGCCACCUCCUGAGAAGAAAGGGAGCAAAAUGGGAAUGGGGACGGGGCUGGCGGUUGGAGCGGCGGCUGGUUUAUUGGGUGGGUUGGCUUUGGCGGAGGGAGUGGAUUAUGUGGAGGAUAAGAUAGCUGAUGAUGUUGCUGAGAGGGUGGAGGAUGAUUAUGGGGAUGAUUACUGAGAAUCUCUCUUUCUCCAUCUGAAUUUUUCUCUCUCUCUCUUUCUUCUUGUGAUUUCAAUAAUGGUGGCGAUUUCUUAGGAUUAGUGGUGUGUUUACUCUCUCUCUAAGGAUUAUUAGUCUCUCUCUCUCUCUCUCUGGAUUGUUCAUCUCUUGGCAUUGUGCUUUUCUUCCUCGAAUGGGAGUCAAUGGGUUGAAAUGAUCUUUUUCUCCAUUGCAAUAUGUAAGGCUUACUUUUUUAUUUUUGGUAUUGAAAAGGUCAGUAGAGGAUGAGUCCUCGUACCAUCCAUUUAUUUUUC